AUGAUGCAGGACUCAAUUGGGAUCAAUAUUCCUGCUUGUUUUUCUUCUUCAGCGGAGAAGCAGCAUGGUGAUGAUCAUGGAGCUGUGACCCGCUCAGGCCAGAGCGUGUACAUGUCUGUGUAUAGAACGAAGGUUGCUGAUCACUGCCGUUUGAUCACCAUCACAUGGUGCAAAAACCUCUUGCUUCAUGGGCUUUCGGUGUCAGUGGAAGGCCCUGAAGGAGAAGAACAGUACACCUGCAAGGUUGAGCUGAAGCCGUGGUACUUUUGGAGGAAACAAGGCUCCAAACGCUUCAUAGUGGAUGGUAAAGCCGUUGAUAUUUUCUGGGACCUUAAGGCUGCGAAAUUUAACGGUGAAACGGAACCAACGUCGGAGUACUAUGUGGCAGUGGUUUGUGAUGAAGAGGUUGUGCUGCUCCUGGGUGAUCUAAAGAAAGAGGCAUACAGAAGGACUGGAUGCAGGCCAGCACUUAUUGACCCCAUUUUGGUUUCAAAGAAAGAGCACAUUUUUGGGAAGAAAAAAUUUUCCACUAGAGCCAAGUUUCAUGAGAAGGGUAGGUGGCACGAGAUUUCAAUCGAGUGCAAGAACAAGGGAAAUAAUGGGGACUCGCUAAGUGGGGUUCAGCCAGAGAUGGAGAUAAGGAUUGAUGGGCAAUUGGUGAUUCAUGUGAAGCACUUGCAGUGGAAGUUUAGAGGCAACGAGUCAAUUCAUCUCAGCAAAAUGAGAGUAGAGGUAUAUUGGGAUGUUCAUGAUUGGCUGUUUAGUCCUGGUUUAAAGCAUGCGUUAUUCAUUUUUAAGCCAAUUUUAUCAUCAAGUACUACCACUUCUUCUGUAUCAUCUUCGUCGCCUUCACUAUCAUCCUCGUCACCUCCGUUAUCUGCUGAUCAGAUAAGGAGUUCUGGAUCAGUGGAGGGAUUUAGUGUUAGUGGGUCAUCAGAGUUUUGCUUGUUUCUCUAUGCUUGGAAGGUUGAAUGA